UGAAACUUCCGUCAGAAUUGGAAAGUCAUAAUUUGUCGAAAGUAGACCAUUAAUUUUUACGUUUGAAUUUUUAAUUCCCAUUUUUGGCCGUUGAGUUGAGUACAUCUAGUUCCACUGUUUUCUGGGAAUGUAUUGAUUCUAUUCCGGAUACCCGUUAGUGAAACUCAGAGAUCAAUUAUUUGGACGACCAAAUAUGCUGAAGGCAACUGGGCGUCAUGAUCAGGAAUCACAUCGGCGCUCCUACAGCAAAAUUUGGAAGUUGCCAAAAUAGGCCGUCACAAAGUCCCUAACGAGAAUGCACGUAUAUCUCAAAGAAGGAAAUCAGAGGCGUUUGGUAACCAAUGUCCAUCUUCAAGAGGGUUUUUGCCCCUGUAUUGGCAAUGGAGCCAUGAAAAAGAAAUCAUGUGCAGAUGUGUCAAGACUGGAGCCUGCCAUUUGGUUCAAGGUUCUUGUGCUAGAGUCAGUAUCAGUUGACUGUGGAAGAAAGAUAGUCAGCUGGUCAACUGGAAAUCACCCCGAAGAUGCAGACUUGCCAAGUCAUAGGAAAUUUUGCAUGGAAGGAGAGUGUUAUGAUUAUGAUGCAGACAUAGAUGAACUCUUUACGUUGGCUACAAAAGUCAUUUACCCAGCUGAUCAUGAAGAGAAUGGAGUCUCGCAGCCCUCAGAUGAAGAUUAUGAACAAUGCCUUUUACGAAUGCUUCACUGCUACAUCCUGCCUAAGAUAACCUUACACCAAGAUGACUUAGAUAAAGUCAUGAAUGCCAGAGAGAAGCAGGCUCUAAGCAUCCAGGAACUAGAUAGGAAGGUCAUUGAGAAAUGCAAACACAUUGAUGCUUGUGAGCUAAACAUGGAAGAUCUACGUACUCAGUUUCUACCAGACCUAGAAAAGUUUAUACACAGAGGAUGGUGCUCCAAAGAGUUUCUUGAAGUGCUCCUUGAGGACGUCAGCAAAGAAGAACCAAGACUGCGGCAGCUGAUUGACAAGGCUCAAGAUCAAGUGCAGCAUGCUAAAAGUAUGAAACCAUGUGCAGCAUCUACUGAACAGCUUAAGACAGCUAGACAACAGAGAGACAGAGAACAAGAAAAGCUUGAAGCCCUGCUUUUGACAAGAGAACUUAUUGUUAGUGUUACUCGUCAGGCUCAAAAUGAUGGAGGAGUCAUUGCAGGACAUCACUUACUAAAACAGUACUUGGAUCAAAGGAAGACACUUGCUAGUCUCAAACAAAGCCGCAACAGGCUUCUAGAACAGAAGAAUUGUGCACUGAGUGUAAGAGAAAUGUUGGAUUCUGCUAUGAAAGAGCUUAUUGACAAAGGCUACACUGAUGCAAAUGAUGCAAAUGCUUUAGGAUCUCGAGCAACAGAUGUCCUUGAAGGAGUAUGGAAGCCAGAAUGGCAAAGACUGGGUGAAAGAAUUGCUACUCUGGUGAACAAUGAGGAGCAUCCAGUUGGAAAUCACUUCCAAAUGUUUUGCCAAAGGAUCCAAACACUCUGUAAUGAGCUGCUUACCACUGGAAGAUUUAGCAGCUCUGAAGAAUUUACCCCUUCAUGUUCACCAUUUGGCCAGGCAUGUGCAGCUCUGACUGAGUAUGAAUCAUAUGGCCUAGAAGAUUUUGUGAUGGAGAAUCAUAAGUAUAAACUCCAAAUGUUACAAUCCAUAAUUAAGAAGGAGUUAGAAACUGCAACAGAAUUCUUGUCUGAGUUCUUUAACAACAAGGACAUGCAUUUUAAGAACAAAAUAAGGCUUUGCUAUGAGCAGUGUUUUUAUGAUAAAGAGCACAACUUUUUGGCCUGUGUCUAUGAAUUGGCUUAUCGUGAACAUGUGGACAAGCUGCGAGAGGAUGUGCAAAGGCUCAGAUUCCUCCCGAUAAAGUUCUUGAAUUUGCAAAUGAAAGAUGAGUGGUGGUUGGAGCUAUUUGAGCAACGCUCACUUCAGUCAAGUAUAAACUCGGGAAAUUAUAGUCCAUUUACAGAAGCAUUCAUGAAUGGCACACUUAUGGACCAGACAGACCAUGGUCUGAGUGGUUCUUAUGACAUGAUUGAUGAAUUGGAUGACUUGGUAGAUAAUGUGGCAGAAGCUCACAAUAGCAGGCACAUAGAAGAUAUGGAAUCAUUCAGAAGCUUAUUCAUCAGUGCCAUUCGUCAUCGCUCAAAAACCAUAGCUGUGGAUGAUGUUGAUAAACCUCGUGACCAGUCUAAUGCAGGGCCUCCAAAGUCCAGGAAUUCUGUUCAGGAUGCUAUUAGUUGUAGUGCCCCUACAAUGGUUCAAAUCAUUAGUUUAUGGAAGACAGCGCAGUGUGAGCAAAGUUAUGACUGUGUUGAUGAAAGCCUGCAGAUGAAGACACCUUUGAAUAGGACACUUUCCAAAAGUGAAAGUGAUCUUGGCAAAAAGGACAGUUCGGUUUCUGGAGAAACUUUUGAGGACCACUUUGGUCCUGCACUUCAAAAUAUCAAAGAUAUUUUCAAGGUUACAAGUCCAUUAAACAAACUGAAAUGCCUGACUUCAUCCCUUCGUAAAAUCACAAAUGCUGUUCAAGAGCUACGGAUGCAGAGUGGACAAGAUACCUUUACUGCAGCUGUGAAUGCGGAGGAUCUUUUGCCACUACUAGUCCUGAUGAUGCUCCAGAUGGAACCUUGGGAAGUAGCUGCCAUGUGGCCCCAACUGGCGUUCACAGAAGACCUAAUGGCACCCUUUUUGACAUCUGGAUGUCAUGGCUGGGCCUUGGUUGAAUUUCAGAUGGCUCAAAGGAUUUUAAAUGAGCUGUGUAAAGAAUUCUGAAGAUUGCUUUUUGAGGGCAUGUGAGUUUAUGAAAAAGGUCUUGAUGAUGUUUGAUUCAGCAUUAACUUCUCCCUUCUUUUCCUAAGGAAAUGGGAGAGAAUUUGAAAAGAGAAUGUAACAUUAUAUCAGAAGUCACACACUCAGGCUAUUUAUCCAAGCACCCCUUCAUGUACAUUUUAAAGCAUUUUGAAUAAUGGAUUAUUAUAAUUCACCUUUAUGUACUCCUAUAUUUCAUAGUUAAUUGUGAAAGAGAUUUGAGUUGGUAAGUGGCUUAAAUUUUUAUCAGCUGUGCCUUUGAAAAUAAUUACCAGAGGUAAAACAAAUUGUCUAAAUUAUUGAUCAUUGUUGAUAAAUUAUGACAGCAGUUAUGAAUUUGAAUGUAUGAAAAUCAUAUAUGUGUACAUGAAAUAAAUGAAAGUGAUCCUCGCAGUAAUGAACCCUACGUACUU